UGCUAUGAGAAUGAGUCUGUGCACCUUCGUCCAUUCAUCUCACCAUUCGUCUCUCGUUCUCGUUCUCGUGCGUCGCAGCGUCUUCUUGCCUUAGAGCGACCGUCGAGCUUGUCGAUGUUCUGAACGUAAUUCUCUUCUAGGCCCUUUGGUACCGAAACUUCGAAGCAUGGCAGCAAGCAGGGCUACGGAAUUGAUCAGCUUAGGAAACCAUGUACAGAUUGGUGUAGUUUUCAGGGGGUUUAGUAGGGGGGUAGGAGACGAGGAGUAUGCACGGGAGAGAGGACCUUGUACAUAAUACAAUUCGCCAUUUUUGUGCCCGUGCUGCUGAUUUUUUAGAAAUUUAGCGGCCGCAGGGCGGCCGGGAAGGAAGCGCAAUGGGUAAAUCUAAGAACCAGCGUAGGAGUAUUAGGGGGGACGAUACCGAUGAGGAUACCCUCAGUACAACAUCCACUAUAUCCUCAACGGAUUUCGGUGGAGUACAAGAAGUUGAAGAGGAACAAGACGAGGGAACUAUACUUGAUAGCUUCAUCGAAGCUUUGUACGAAAAGAGGUCAGCCACGCGCGAGGCCGGUUUACGCGGUCUUUUAGGGGCUUUCACCAGCAACUUGCUUGUCGAGUUUGUGGAAGAGAAGUAUGAAACGCUUUCACAUCUGUUUCUUAAUUCUGUGAAAAAGGGAUCUGCUGUGGAGAGGGCUCUGGCGUCACGUGCUCUUGGUUUACUGUCUUUAACAGCAGGAGCUGGAGACAUCUCACAAAAGUUACUAUCUGAAGCAUGGCCGUCUCUGGUAAAAGUUGCCAAGACUGACACUGUGCCGGCUGCUCGGAUUGCCGCUCUAGACAGCAUGGCUAUUUUGUCAUUCGUCGGGGGCACAGACUUGGAAGCAACUGAAAGUGCUAUGAAUUCCGUAUGGCCAGUCUGCACCCACAAGGGAAAUUAUCAUGCUGAUCAGACUCUUGGGACUAAUCGGCCAUCGGGAGCGGUGAAAGCAGCAGCCAUGUCAGCCUGGGCUCUACUUUUGUCCACCGUACCAGCAACGCGCGUAGCGAGUCACCAUGUUGAAUUGAGCCUUCCUACCCUCUCUAUGUUGUUGAGGGAUGAUGAUUUGGCUGUGAGGACCGCAACUGGGGAAGCGCUUGCUCUGUUGUACGAGGCCACCAAACAUCUUCUUCUGGACAUCCCAGUAGCCGAUGACUUGAAGUCCGAUAUACCAGAGUUGGCGUCCACUAAGCCGCAGACAAUUCAUAAGUUAACUGUCGCUGGCGGGAAGGCUAUGGAGGCAAAGGAGGCCCAAGUAGUGGAGCAGAUGAAAGCUCUUUCGGUACAGGGAGGUGGCAAAGGACAGUCGAAGAAAGAGCGAUAUGCCCAGCGUGCAUCUUUCCGUGACAUUCUGACUACCAUCGAGGAUGGAGUUUGUCGGGAAGUGGCAGUCAAGCUCCCAGCAGGAGAUGUUUUGAGGGUCAAUACGUGGUCUCAGACCAUUCAGUUGAAUGCUUUGCGACGGGUAUUGGCGGAGGGUUUCCAGCGCCAUAUGCAGGAGAAUGAGCUUCUACAUGAAAUUUUUGAUUUCAUUCCAAGAAAUCAAAAGCGUCAAAGCCUAUCCACUAAAGAGAAGAGAAUGUACAUGUCUCCAAACUCUGUAAUCAGCAAGGCGAGGACUCAGAUGAGAAAUCGAAGUCGGAGUAUGGUAAAAGCUGGAAACGAAGGCCACUUCAAUGUGAAUCUCGAUGACAACUAGUAUAUUUCCCCCGUGAUUUGUUCUCUUCUACUUAUUGAAUUGUGUACCGAAGUGACGUAAAUUAAUUGACAAUUUUUCCCUCAACUUUGAGCCUAUCAAAGCUCAUUAAUUGAGCGGCUUGACCUUUUUUAAGCGUCCUACUCAUCCCGCGAAGAUUUCAGCGUGGUCAGUAGAAUGUUUUGCCUACAAUAAGUCUUUAUCCUUGGAGGAGAAUGAGUAAUGAAUAUUCUUAAUGCCCAGAGCAGGGAUUAGAAAAAGCUAAAUUAGUCUGAAGUACAUCCUUGCACGUCAAUGGUUAGAACAGGGAUUUAAGAGUUAGGCAAAGGUGUAGGCCAAGUGAAUCACUGGUGGUACCGCUCGACAUUCACCAUUGUUGCUUCAGGAACUUCCUUUGGAGUUAAGGAAAUUGCAAAUUUUAGUACGAAACUGUAACAGAGAUAUUUGCUCUUGUUUGUUUAGAUAAUUUACCGGAUAACAGCCACAUUGUACUACAGAUUUUUCCUCGUGAAUAAUUGUCAUUGUCCUUCUAUUAAUUUAGCGUAAUAUUUAUAUUUCUAGCUUAUUGCCA